CAUUCUUUCUGAAGUAUUAUACUAUUAAUUUUUUCACUGUGAUGGAUAUUCAAGUGUUUCAAACUAAUUCCUGAGUAUGUUGCUAGUUGGAGUAGUACUUUUCACGUUUAUAGUGAAUCCAAUUUCAACUGAAAACUCCGAUUUAGAAGCUUUACAAAGAGAGUGCAAAGACGGGACGUUUGGAUACCGCUGUUUGUUUACCUGCCGUUGCUAUAGAAACCGGGUCUGUGACAAGAAGACAGGACGAUGUCCACGUGACGAAUGUGCUAAUGGGUUCUGGGGAGAGGGCUGUCAAUUAGACAACAACUGUUUUUACAAUGGGCGGGCGCGGAGUUACAUGGGGACCAAGUCAGUGACCGACAGCCUGUUUACUUGUCAACGCUGGGACACCCAGGACCCCCACCGGCACUCCUACAACGGACAGGACUUCCCCGACCGGAGACUGCCGGACAACUUCUGCCGGACAACAAAGGACGCCGCCAGACCUUGGUGUUACACGACGGACAAGAACAAACGCUGGGAGCACUGUAACAUCAACAACUGCAAUUGUCCAACAUGGCGAUUCGGACCGAAUUGUGAACAGGAAUGCCACUGCGCAGACAUCAGUGAGGCAUGUGACAGUAUCCUAGGAAUCUGCUCCAGCGGCUGCGCACAGGGAUGGGAAGGCUAUAACUGUCAGACUCCUACGGCAUGCCCAACUAAUAAAUAUGGCUGGGACUGCACCAAAACCUGCUUCUGCAAAAACUCACUCCACUGCAAUCGCUACACAGGACCUACUGACAAGUGCGAAUGCAAGGAUGGCUACUUCAAUCCGCCAUUUUGCCAAGCAGUUACUCCCCCUGAAAUCAUAUACUUUAACAACGACAAAGUGAAUCCCGGCCAGCCGGCCAUUUUUAACUGCACCGUCACCGCGUUCCCAACCCCAAAACCGGAAGAGAUCCUCCUAGAGGGAUUCCCGGCGGACCGGAAGGUGGAGCGGCUACAGUCCAAGGAAUUGAAUCCUUACCUGUACACCAGGUACAACGUGUGGAAGGUGGGCAGUGUGAAGGCGGAGGAGAUGGUCACGUGCACAGCAAGGGGACAGGCGGGGACCAAGUCUCAGACCAUCAAGGCCAACGUCUACCAGUUACCUGUAUUGUCUCACCCCCCAAACAUUGCCAAAGAGGGACCAGGGGUGAGGGAGGUGGUAAUCACGUGGCUGCCGUGGAGUAAGGCUAACGGAGACGUGGGGGAGCCGCCCAUCAUGUGGUACAGCAUCUGGCUCAACACCCUCGGUCUGGGCCGGGAGGAGAAGGCGGGCAUCGUGACCCACUUCAACUGUGGCAAGGAGUGCAACUUUACCAUAGAAGAACUGGAGCCCAACACGGACUAUGGGGUGCGGAUAUCGACCCGGAGGGACGGUGAGGGAGGGGAGGGAAUCCCCGGGCCGGUCAGGAAGUUCCGCACGCUCUGCGCGGAGCCCAGUCAGCCCCCACUGAUAGAAUCCGUUACCAGUUCCUUUGAAUACAAUUCAUCAUUCCCAGAAACACAAUUAAUAGUCAUGUGGAGGGAUCCCCCCGAAGAUUCAUGGAACUGCAACAAUAUCAGUCUCUAUUACAUCGAUCUGCACAGUAAAACUUUAGACUACGGCCAGAGGAACACCAUUAGGGUGGCGGGGGACACCCCGGGGAACCUCAAGAACGUCAAGAGCGCGGUCAUACCUGACCUGAUCCCGGCCACGGAGUACUGCGUCACCAUGAGCUUCACCAACGGCCAGGAGAUGUUCAGUCCAAAAUCAGAGGAGAAGUGCAUCGUUACCUUACAGACAACACCUGCCGCCCCUCGGAACUUUAAGUUGCUGGAGCGAACGAGUUCCUCUCUGACAGUCACGUGGGACGCCCCAUUAAGGAGCUCCAGCAAGAUCAAGGCCUACAGGAUAGUCCUGUGGAAGGGGUUCUGGAAGGAAAUGGCGCAGCCCCGAGGGAUAGAGAUCCGGCCCACGUCCAGUGCGAAGGAGUAUACCAUAGAAGACUUGGAACCUAACACACAAUACAAUUUAGAGAUUAAGGCAGUAAAUUCCGCUGGAGAAGGAGACUCCUCUCUUCUGUCUGUUUCUACGUCGGAAGGAGUUCCCUCAGAAGUGACAUCCUUUAAAAACGAAUCCCGAACUGCCCACUCUAUUUCUCUAGUGUGGAUUGAGCCAACUAUGAACAAUGGAAAUAUCCAAUCGUAUUUGGUUGAGUGCGCUUCUAGAAAUUCUAAGUCCCACAAGAAAAUAGUCCCCAGUACUGCCAAUCGAGUAACGAUUAACGGAUUACGGAGUGGGACCCUGUUCAAUUGCAGCAUCAGUGCCUCUACAAACCAGGGAUCUGGCCCAGUCAAGUCCAUUCGAGUGUGGACAAAAAGCAUAGAUCCCAUUCAGCCCCCAGCUCCGGUCAUUUUAGAACGCUCUACAACUACUAUCACUGUAUCUCUACAACCUCUGGAAGACGAAAAUAUAAGCUUCUACCGAAUCAUUGUGGAAGAAACCUCUUCUGCAAAGUCUUAUCGAAUUUCAAAACGAGGCAUUGAAGAUGCCAUCCGUGACGUCAGAAUGGAUUAUAAAGGAGCCAAGGAACGUGACGUUCGAGUGUAUAUUGCAGCACAGUUACCACGUGACCAUCUCUACCGCACCUUUGUUGUCGGGGACAACAAGACGUAUGAAGGGUACUACAACGCGCCCCUAGAGCCACGCCGCGAUUACUCCAUUUGGUAUGGGGCCUACACGAUAUCAGACGGGAUGGAAAAGAAGUCGUUUUCUCUAGCAUUAAGCGAAGAGGCGCGCCGAGUGACGACGGCCCCCGAGAAUAAUCACGUGCCGGUCAUCGUCGCUGUCAUCGUUGUCUUCAUCUUGCUUAUCCUUGUGUUUGCGCUGUUCCUCUUCCUGUGGAGAAAGCGCCACAUUGCCUCAGAAAGAGAAAAAGCGGAGAUGCCAAACUUUGGACCCACUAUAAUCCCAGAGCCUGAUACUUCCACCCCAUCCACCCCCGUCGAACUAGCACAAUGGUAUCGGAAUGAUAUAGAAAUCGAGCCCCUGCUGGAGCCCAGCUCUGGCACGGACGGGGACUCGGAACCAGUUUACGGUAAUGUAGGUCUCUGUACCAUAGUUCCGGUCAAGGUCGAGGAUUUGUGGGAUUAUGUCAAGGCCAACAAGAUUAACGAUGCAGAGGGCCUCAAAAGGGAGUACAGGCUGAUUCCUGCAGGCUUAACUGCUAGCUGUGAAGUUGCGAAGAAACCAGAAAAUAAAGACAAAAACCGCUAUGGAAACAUAAUUGCAUAUGACCACUCUCGCGUGGUACUGAAGCCCGUGCAUGGAGAUGUACACGAUGACUACACCAAUGCCAACUACAUUGAAGGCUACAAAAGGUCGAAAGCUUACAUUGCGGCUCAAGGGCCUACAAAAACUACAAUGGACGACAUUUGGAGAAUGGUCUGGCAAGAGAAGUCCCGAACGGUUAUAAUGCUCACCAACCCCACCGAGACGGGAAAAAAAAAAUGUGAGCAGUAUUGGCCGGAACCUAACGAGACAAAAGAUUACGCUGGAAUCAAAGUCAAGUUUGUCUCGGUUGAGAGUCAUCCAGAUUUCUCAAUAAGAACAUUCCAUAUACAAAAAGAUGGUGAAAAUCGAACCAUCAAACAGUUCCACUAUACCACUUGGCCAGACCAUGGGGUCCCUAAGUUUGGACACUCCCUGCUGUUGAUGAGACAAAAGAUCCGCACCUAUGAUCCCCUUAAUAACGGCCCGCCUAUUGUACACUGCAGUGCUGGCGUCGGUAGGACGGGUACGUACAUAGCAGUGGACGUCAACCUUGAGCAGGCCAAGCACGAGGGGAUCAUAGACGUCCACAACUUUGUCCAGUUAAUGAGGACACAGCGGGUCAACAUGGUCCAGACACUGGAACAAUAUAUCUUCGUCUAUGACGUCUUGUUGGAAGCGCUUAUAUGCGGGGAUACCACGAUGGCCGCGGCCUCUUAUCCCAAGACCUUGUCAGAGAUGUUGGAAUACGAUCAGAGCAUCGGCAAAACCAAGCUAGAGGAACAGUUCGAGGUAUUGAACUUGAUAUCAUCGACAAUAGAGAAAGAAGACACCACUGUAGCCUUAAAACCAGAAAAUAUUUUCAAAAACAGAGACAAAAAUGUCAUUCCAGCCAACAGAUGUCGCCCCUACCUAGUCACACCCGUAGAAGACUACAACAAUUACAUCAACGCUGUCUUCCUGAAUGGUUAUCGGAGGAAAGAUGCCUUCAUCGUUACUCAGAUGCCCCUGCCAAACACCGCUGUCGAUUUCUGGAGAAUGAUUUAUGACCAGAAUUCCUACUGCAUUGUUAUGUUGAAUGAAAUCGAGGAGACAGAUGAAAUGUGUCAGCAGUACUGGACCCUAGAGACCUGUGGAGAAAAGUUCGGACCAUUCAUCGUGGAGACGACGGCAGAAAUCAAGUCUGAUCCCAGCAUGACAGUGAGGGAUUUCACAAUAACAAAUACACUCAACCCCCAGGAGGUUCCCCGCGUGGUGCGACAGUUCCACUUCCACCGGUGGCCGGACGCCUCCCCCGUCCCCAACACCAAGGCCUCGCUACUUGACCAACUGGAGAAUGUGGACACCUGGCAGAAACAGUUCCAAAACACGCCGGUCACCGUCCACUGCAUGAAUGGAGUGGACAGGAGCGGGCUCUAUGUGGCGGCGAGUUGUAUCGUGGAGCGGAUCAAAUGCGACAGGGAGGUGGACGUGUUCCAGUCAAUCAAACAAAUGCGACAAAAUCGAUCUCAACUUAUCUGUAACAUGGAACAAUACCGAUUCUGUCAUGAGUUGGCCCUGGAACACCUGCAGACAUCAUCCUCGUCAUGACGUCAUAGAAAUUACGCGUGUAGAUCACAGAACACUGUCUACCCAGAGUAAGUGGUGCUGGCGACGUCAUAAUCCAAAAAUAGAAUAUUCAAGAUUUCAGAAUCGCUCGCUCUCUGAAAUCUGAAAAUAUGGUGCUAGUAUCAGUGAAUUAAACUAUACAUAUUUUGAUUCCUAUUUUUCUAAGAAUCUGCUGGCGAGUUAUUGGGUAUAUAAUUUAUUCAAUAUCAAUCACACAAUAGUUUAGUCCGUCUGUCGUGGAGAAUAUUGUUUCCAUGACGAAGAAGAAGAGGAAGAAAAAUAAAAGGAAAAGAAGCAAGAAAAGAAGCCCAUUCAUUCUUUAGUUGGUUGUUUAAACGAGAAAAGUGUGAGCGUAGCUUUUAUCAUCACAUCACAUUGAUAGCUGAUCGAAGUGUGUAUCCAUAGCUUUGUAUCAUCUGACAAUAUCUGUGAUAUAAUUAUUAUAAGACUGAGAGAGUAUGGAUUGAACUCAUAGAAUCUAGUCGAGAAUUUGUGCAAUAUAUUAUUAUGGUAUUAAAAAAACACAAUUGUUUCAUGAAGCUGAAAGAAAACUUGCUAAAAAUCAGUCACUGUUUUCAGGAAUUUGAUAUUAAUACAUGUAUUAAGUAAACGGCGGUUGUUCUUGAAUAAUGUUUUUUUUUUCACAAAGAUUAUGUUAAUGUUAAUUUAUUGAAUUGAACUUCCGAAAUUAUUUGCACAAUGACAUAAAAAAAAAUUAUUUGAAUAAAAGGUGAGGAAGAAAGGGUAUUGUAAUUGGAAUAAAAAAAUAAAAGCUUUAAAAAGAAGGUAAAGUGUUGUUUUUAAAUAUGAAGCAUUUUGACUACUAGUUUGUUAUAUUAAAACCUCUUUUCCAUUGUCAUUUUUUUAUCAAUGAUCUUGUAAUCUGUGGAUUAAAUCACGUGUAUAUGUCUGACAUGUUUAAAUUAUACUGAUGUUAUAUUUAUUGUAAUUCAUAAUUAAGACCUUGUUGUAUGGUAAAAUAUGCUAUUUGUAACAUAUGGCCGGCUUUUAAUCAUGGACAUCUUUGCGUGGAGGGAAAUUCCCGCACUGUAUGUGACAGACUUCAGUGACUUGUAUGAGUAUCUUCAGAUAUGAUCGUUGAGCUUUCAGUUAUUGCGAUAUGUACUUCUAAUUGUAAUAAUGUACCAAAAAAUAUACGAAUAAACAUAUUAUAUGA